AUCAGCAAUGCCCGCUGAAGGUCAUUUCCGAAUUUUAGGAUGUGUAUUCCUCCUUGCCCGUCUUUCUAUUGGACAGCAUUUGAAGGACUCUCCGGCCUGUGACAGACCCGUGUACUGCGAUGGUCCCCUUCUAGAGGCGAUGCAGGCAGCUCAUUUCUUUAAUGAUUCUAAAACAUUUGUUGAUCUGAAUAUGAAAGCUGACGCAGAUGUCGUUCUCUCUGCAUUUGCGAACACGACCUCGUCCAAUGAUAACAUUACCAGAAAAGCACUCAGAGAAUUCAUGGAGCAGUACUUUGAAGGUCCUGGAAACGAGUAUGAAGACUGGGAGCCAUCUGAUUGGACAUCAAGACCUGCCUUUCUUGGCAAGAUCAAGCAUGAGCCGUACAGACGCUGGGCAGCCGAUCUGCACGCUUUAUGGAAGGAUCCGGAGCUGGGCAGAAAGGUAAAAGAAGAUGUCCGACUACACCCCGAGCGCUACUCCUUACUUUACUCUCCCAAUGCGUUUAUCGUGCCCGGAGGUCGCUUCAGGGAACUCUAUUAUUGGGACUCGUACUGGGUGAUCCGCGGUCUGCUGCUCUCAGAGAUGAAGGAAACUACCAAAGGGAUGCUGGAGAACUUCCUCGCUUGGGUCAAAGAAUUUGGUUUCGUGCCCAAUGCAGGCAGAGUGUAUCAGUCUGGAAGGAGCCAGCCUCCAUUCCUCAGCCCCAGUUUCGCAGCCUAUCUGGAAGCGACCUCUGACAUCGACUUCCUGAACCAAAGUAUUGGAACCCUCGAGGAUGAAUACAACUUCUGGAUGACAAAUAGGAGUAUUCUUGUUGACUAUGAGGGAAAGAAUUACACUAUGAACAGAUAUGACGUCAAGCUAGGCAAACCUAGGCCCGAGUCAUUCCGCGAAGAUACUGCCACUGCUGCCGGAUUGACAGAAGACGAUGCAGCCGAGGUUUAUGCAGACAUCGCUUCAGCCGCCGAGGCUGGAUGGGGAUUCUCCACAAGAUGGUUUGCCAGAAACAACACGUCACUUACAACAAUAAGAACAAGAGAAAUAAUCCCAGUCGACUUGAACGCCCUCUUGUGCUGGAAUGAAAGACUAUUAGGGAAAUUCCACCGGACUUUGGGAGAUUCCAAAAGAGCGGAAAUGUUUGAGAAAAAAGCUCUGGAAAGGCAGACGACACUGAUGAAGUUACUCUGGGACCCGGAUGCAGGUAUCUGGUUUGAUUGGGACUUGGCGGCCAAUGGGCGGAUCCCCGUUUAUUACGUAUCCAGCUUCUUGCCGUUGUUUACUGGUUGUUAUGGUAACGAGAAAGGAACUGAUAAGGAAGAGAUAGAGAGGAAAGUGCUUGAUUACAUAAAGAGAACAGACCUUUUGGACUUCAAGGCCCCCAUCCCAACGUCGCUCAUCGAGUCGGGGGAGCAAUGGGACUUCCCAAACCUCUGGCCGCCAACUCAGCACAUGCUCAUUGAAGCCCUCGAUUCAAGUUCCCUGUCCGAGGCGCGGGAGGUAGCCCACUUCCUCGCCGCCAGGUUCCUUGCUACAGCCCUGGUCCCUUGGGAGAAGAGUCAACACAUGUAUGAGAAGUUUGAUGUGAGAACGGACACUCCCGGUAGAGGGGGUGAAUACAAGGUACAGAUCGGCUUCGGAUGGACAAACGGUGUUGCGAUGAUCCUAUUGGACAAGUACGGCUAUGACGUAGGCGUGACGUCUGAGGCGAUGUUUUUGUAUUCAAACAACCUACUUAUCUUUGUGAUCUGUGUUGUAAUAAAGUUGUUGCUUUGA